AUGGGUCUCACUUUGAUCCUCUCCUGGUUGUCUGACCGGCUCUAUCACCGCUACAAUUUUCUCGUGUUUUGCGUCCUGAUAGCCAACAUCGGCUAUGGUAUGCUUCUUAACGUUGAGCAUCUAUCCCGCGGCGCCCGAUACGCUGCUUGCUACUUGAUUGCAGGCGGCGGCAUCUGCUCUGGUCCGAUUGCAAUUGUGUUCCUGUCUAAAAAUCUCGCUAACCAUUGGAAGCGCGCUAAAGGAUCUGCCUGCCAGGGAGGCGCCCGUUUAUCACACUGGCUUCGCGGUGGGGUUAGCCAUGGCGUGAUUGUCUGGCUGGCCGCUACCAUCAUGGCUGUGGGCAUAUGUUUGGAGAAUAGGAAGCGAGAUCGAGGUGAUCGCGAUAAACGUUUGGGGGUGGCCAGAGGAACAAGUGAAGAAUCUGGGAGAUGA